CUUUAGAGGCAAACCAGUUCACGCAUUCUUGAGGAAUUAUGAGGUGGUAUUAGAAAAACAAAAAUACUAAAACAUGAUCAUCAGAAACAUGGGUUGUUUUGAUCUAGUAUCAAUCUUCUUCAUCUACCUGUUUUCUCUUUCCAACUUACUGAUCACUAUACACUACACAUCUGCACAACCAACAUAUGUUUAUCAUUUUUGUUUGGGAAAUAAUUACACCGCCAACAGCACAUUUCAAACAAAUCUGAACCAACUUGUUACUUCACUUUACUCAGCCAGCACUUCAUUCAUAAGAUAUGGAUACUAUGAGACUACCGCUGGCGAAUACCCUGACAGCGUUUAUGGAUCUUUACAGUGUAGAGGUGAUAUUACAUUAGAAGCUUGCCAAAGUUGUGUAAAAUUGGCAAGUGAAGAUAUCAACAUAAGUGAAAGAUGUCCAAAUUCUAAGCAAGCAAUCGUUUGGUAUGAUUCAUGUAUGCUAAGGUAUUCAAACCAGAAUUACUUUAAUAUCAUGCAAGAGAAUCCAGGAGUUUAUCUUGUGAAUGUUAAUAAUGUUACUGAUCCAGAUCAGUUUUACCCAAUUCUAGGUGAUUUAAUGAAUGAUUUAGUAGAAAAGACUACAUCUGGUUUGUCUACUAAAUUUGCCUCUGGAAGUAGAAGUGUUACUAAUCAAACAGAAUUAUAUGGAUACGUACAGUGUACAGAAGAUAUAUCUUUAACUAAUUGUAGUCGAUGUCUUAUGGGAGUUAUAUCUGAUAUACCACUUUGUUGUGAUGGAAAACGAGGUGGAAGAGUUAUUAGACCUAGUUGUAAUUUAAGAUACGAAAUGUAUCCCUUCUUGCGAUAUGUUAAUACUCCUUCACCACCUUUAUUAUCAUUUCCUGCACCUCGCCUAUCACCUCCUCCUCUCGCAGCACUGCCUCCUCUCAUAUUGCCGCCUCCUCUCGUAUCACCACCAUCGUCGACGAAUACGACCACAGCAAACUCAAACAAGGAAAACGCAUACGUACUUGCUAUUAGUAUAGCCAUUCCUUCCGUUAUUGCACUACUUUCUGCCAUUGCCUUUUGCUUUUGCUGUAUCCGGAGAAAGAAAACAAAGACAAAGAAGCUAGAUUAUUUCGAUGAUGGGAUUCAAAAUACAGAGUCCUUGCAAAUCAACUUUAGUACAGUAAGUGCUGCAACAGAUAAUUUCUCUGAAGCUAAUAAACUCGGAGAAGGUGGGUUUGGCUCUGUUUAUAAGGGUACAUUUUCAUCCAGCCAAGAAAUAGCCGUGAAGAGGUUAUCCAAAAAUUCCGGACAAGGUGAGCAAGAGUUCAAGAAUGAAGUGACCUUAGUAGCUAAACUUCAACACAGGAAUCUUGUGAAGCUUGUUGGUUUCAGUCUGGCUGGUGAAGAAAAACUACUCAUCUAUGAAUUCAUGCCAAAUGCAAGCCUUGACCAAUUCCUAUUCGAUCCAAUUAAACGUAUUCAGCUGGAUUGGGAAAGACGAUACAGGAUAAUAGGAGGGGUUGCAAGAGGUCUUGUCUAUCUCCAUGAGGAGUCUCGACUUAAAAUCAUCCAUCGGGAUCUCAAAGCUAGCAAUAUAUUAUUGGACAAGGACAUGAAUCCUAAAAUUGCAGAUUUUGGCAUGGCUAGGCUUUUUUUGCUUGAGCAAACUCAAGCUAGUACAAACAGAAUAGUCGGAACCCAUGGCUACAUGGCUCCAGAGUAUAUAAUGUUUGGGGAGUUCUCUGUGAAAUCAGACGUUUUUAGUUUUGGUGUCUUAGUUUUAGAGAUACUCCGUGGGCAGAGGAACAGCUCUUUUCACAGAUCGGAUAUUGCUCGGGACCUUUUGAGCUAUGCAUGGAAACACUGGAAUAACGGAUCUGCUAUAGAAAUAUUAGAUCCAAAUUUGAAGGAUACAUGUACGAGAAGUGAAGUGAUGAGAUGCAUCCAUGUAGGGUUAUUAUGUGUUCAAGAAAAUGUUGCAGAUAGACCCACAAUGCCCACAGUUGUCCAAAUGCUCAACAGCUACUCUGCGACUGAUCCUGCUUUACCUUUAGCGCCUGCAUUUUUUGCAGGUAGUACUAUGCGUAUUGAACCCAACCCGACCUUAGGCUACAGUGAAGAACAAGGAAGCUCGAAUAACGAGUCAAUCAGUGAAGCAGCAACGCGGAGUGUGAACGAAGUUACAAUUACUGAACUAGACCCUCGAUGACGAUGUGAAGUUCAUUUGUCCUCUUCUUUUUUCUAAGUUAGUUGGCGAUACUUUUUUUUUGAUGCAAAUAAAAUUAUAUUACUUAGAAAAGAGAACUGACAUUGUUUGUAUCCUCCAAUAUUGCACCUGCAAUAAAACUUGGAGGAUGAUUUGACCAAACUUUGGAACAUUUAUAAAUUCUAGCGUGCCUAGCUAAUUUAUCUGCUGGCUUAUU